GGGCAGGCGGGCAGGACCAUUGCGCUGAAGAGCGGGGAAAAGGUGGUUUCUCCCAGAGGCGGUGUGAGAGGAGCGCGGCAGCCGCGACCCGCGCGUGGGGCACGGUAGGGUAAGGGCGGCGGCGAGCCCGGCUGGGACCGAGGGGUCGGUGAGAGCACCUGGACACCCAUCCCCCCGGGGACUGCCGCGAGGGAGGGCCGAGAGCUGCCUGGACCGCGGGCCGGGCUCGACGCCUCGUGAGGGAGCGUGGCGGCGGCGAGGCCUGGGCGCUGGGGCGGGGCCUGGGGCGAAGCUUGGGGUGUGCGAGGUGUCCCAGCCCCACGGCCUGGGUGGGUAGCCUCGAUUUUCUCACAGAAUGAGCGAUUUGAAUUCAUUUCUGGCUGUGACAGGUGUGGUGUGGGUGUUCUCGCUGUUCUGACAGCUUGCUAGACCCAGUGUGGGAAUUUGUGUGAAUAAACCUGAUUUUCCAGGUGAUUAAUGCAGGUGAGUAACUCCAGCACUUAUUUAUGCCCUCUUCAUGUUCUUUUUCACUUACGGUAGUUAAUUAUCUUCCUGUCAUUCACAUUUUAUCAUCACAGUCACUCUCGAAAUGCUAUCUGACUUGACAGGGGGGAAAAAAAGACAAGAAAUCUACCCGCCUUCAUCUUGGGAAAGUUUUAGCCAAUGCAUCCAGAAGUACAACUAUGCUCUCAUGCUGUGCUCAAUAGCAGCACUUCAUAGAGGUAUUUGGGCUGUUUCUGCAGAGAAUAGCUGGUCAAAGGAGGUCUCAUUUUCUUCUCACUCUGUCAGUAGGUAAGGGGUUCCUAUAUGCAAGCAGCUGUCAAGAGCGUAAAGGAUCUCUCCCUGGGAAUAUAAGUUAGGGAGUGAGUUCCUCUUUACUUCCCCAGUGAGAAAUUUAGAAUUUAAAAGACCUGGGGAGACUCAAGCAACCAAAGAUUAUGUGUACUUUGCAAAAAACAGGGCAUGAAAUAAAUUGAGUGGCAUGCUUAUCGAGAAUUGUGGCUUUAGACCUUUCUUGUAUUUUUUUUUUUCCCCAGAUAGAUGGGGAUACUGUUACUGUCUUCACUUAAGGUGGGCUGUACUGUAUCACAUCAGUUAAGGCUCUGGCCUAUAAAAAUUUCCAAGUGGAGGUGAUCAAUGGAAGUCAAGAAACAAUUCUGGUUUAGAAACAUUUACUGUUGCUCUUACAGAAGCAGUUUUCCUGUUUUCAUUUAACUAGAGAGAUACUGUUGAAUGCAUCAUUGUAGUAUUAAAAAAAAAAAAAAAAGAGGGGCACAGAACAAAACAUAAAUCUCUUCUUGAGGAUUAGAAGCCACUGCUAGGCUUUGGUUUUGAAAAUAGCUGGACUUAUUCCAGUGGCGUUAUUAGGUUCUGUAAUUGAAUAGAAAUAUGCUUUGGCUUUUGCGGUGGUUCUUUUAGGCUCAUUUUCUGGAAGUCUUGCAUCCAUCCAAAUUCUUUGAGUCCCCGGAAGUCAGUGUCUGAAGCUAGCAACUUGCUGCCUGAUCUUGGAAGUGGCUCCAAGGUAAAGCAGAAUGAUAUUCAUUAGGGCUGUUAUCUUCUUGCCUCCUCGUUUUUGCUACUGGUUUUGUGAGCCACAAGCAGUUUAGUGUUCUGCCACACUGCAGGGUUAAGGUUAUGUAUAUAAGGCAUAUAUAAGUCCUGCAGGAAAGAGAAGUGCCAAUUGUUCUGAGAUUUGGGCUGGCUAAAGCAAAAGGGAUUGGGGAAGCUUGCUUUAAUGGUGUGGCUGGGAGCCAAAGUUAGGAUUAUGAACACCGAGGUGUCUUGUGUUCAUAUGUGGAAGGACCAGAUUAAGCGUUAUACUAAUAAUUAUGUUACCAUUAUUUUUUCUAUUUGAUUGCUGGCUGUUAUUUCAAGCCAGCAUUAACUCAUAAUGCAUAAAAUGCAUCCUUCUCUUUGAUUAAAUAAGGGAAUGAAUUACCACAGUUCUGUCACCCUUGUUCUUAUUUCUUAGGGUGGGAAUUCCUCAUAAAUUUUCUCUUGUCAAUAAGCUUUAAUGACAUAUAAAGAAUAGGGGGGAAACAGUUUUCUUAAUCCACUGGGGAUAAGAAGCUGCUCUCUUACCCCACAAAGGAAAGCAGCUUACUUAAAAACUCUCUACUGACAAGUUUUCAGGAAAAAAGAAAUAAUAAGAAGAAAGCAGCUUAGAUACUGUUUCAAUACCACUGCAACGUUGCAUUCUGAUCUCCAUCUCAUGAAAGUAAAAUGUGAGAAAACAAAUUAUUCAACACUACUUGAGAAAACUCAAGUUAAGUUUCCUGUCCAAGCAGUAAUAAAAAGUAGUCUCGUUUUCUUCUGAAGAAGCAAAAAGGUGAGAAUUGAUUUAUUUGUGGUAUUUUUUUCAUUAGAAAGACAUUUCAGUAAACAGUUCCCAGGCUGAUUUAAUCUAGAACCAGAUGAACUGACGAGAUCAUGUUGGAACAAACCUCUCUGUUUGGCUCUGUAUCAGAUAUAAGUGUUAGCUGAGUUCACAUGUGAGCGUGUACUGAGAAUUUAUCUCAGAUGGGGAUCUUAAAAAGGAGGAGGAGAAAAUUAGCACAUGCUCUGCUCAUUGAUUUCCUUAAGCGCUACUGAUCACUGAGCUUCUCAAUGCUAGGUCAGCUCUGCUCAGGCCUGAGGAAUGAUGUUGUGCUGGAAAACAGUGAGAAGAGCAAGCUAGGGGACAGAUUAGGUGGUAGAUUUUGUGAAUUUGUGGGCUAAAUAUAAGCAUUAGCCCCUGGAUCUGCAUUUCUUCCUGCAGCUUGCAAGCGCUCCCUGUUUCUUCUACAGGGUGAAUAUUUAGUAGUAGCUGGGCUUUCAGCAGGUUGCAAAAAUCAUGAUCAACACAAGGUGCAAAACAGUUCUGAAUGCAUUCACUAAGACUGUCAUUGCAGUUGAGAAUUCGUAAGGCACAGGAAGUAUUAAAUAGAUGUUUGGAGGAAUCUGAAUAUAAGCAGUCCUUUUCUGUUAGAAUUUAGUCAAUGCUAUUUUGCACAUCCCUCCACAAUUUCAGUGGUCUCUUUCAACACCUGCCUUGUCUUUUUACCCAUUCUUAUGGCUACUUCUUCAAAGUGUUUGUCUUUUAAUAACUUCUGUUUGAUUGUUUGUUUUCUUUGAGUAAACAUCUUUGAACUGGCAGACAGGGGAGGCAGGAGGUUCUGCACCAGCUGAGCAGGAAGGCUGAAUCCCAAGCAAUCCCGGUGAUUGGGGUGGGAUUUCUCAACAAGAGCUCAUAGGAGAGAGGACUCAGGAUCAAACACUUAACUGAGUGCAGAUAUUGAGGUUUUGCAUAACUCACACUUACAGACAUUCAGUGUGUAGUAGAAAUCUCCUUUGUUUCCUAAGAACGUUACAAUAUAUAUUCCAGUGACUCUUAGCGGCACCUUUAGAAAAUCAACUGAAACCUGUAAAUGCAGUUUUUAAAACAUUAUUUGGGAUGUCACAAGUUAUGAAUCAUGCCUUACAGAUUAGAAGAUGAUUAUCCUUUGUUGUGCUUGCUGCAGUAGCUUGUAAUAGGAGGAGUAUUCUCAAAGCUAUCUCUUAAGCUUGCUAUUCAAUCUGUUCUCUCUAGGCUUUGUAUUGUAUUCAGCUUCCUAGUGCUGUAGACACAAGUGCUUGAAGACACAUUUGUCUUUUUAAUCAGACAGCUUAUAUCUGCCAGGAAUGUAUUUAAUGUAAUGUCAAACAUAAUUCAGAUGAAGAGUGAAAGCAAGCACAGCAAGCCAACCCUAAGCAGAGCCUUUAAGUAAUAGCAUGCUGCUUUGUCUGUUUAUUUUGGCCUAACAUUCCUCCCUUGGUGACAGAUCUGUUGCAAAUGCGCUAAAUAACAGGCAUUUAGAAACUAUGUUGUAUCAGCAAUAUAAGCUUAGAAUAUCAGAUUGUACCAGGUCGUGUAUUAUAGGAGCAUCUGAAGGCUUCAGUAAGGGUGUCAGCAGUGUUGCUGUGCUUUAUGGGCAAGGGUAAAUGAGACUUCUUGUUCCAGAGUUAUAGGUGUUGUAUAUGGGUUGAGAUAGGAAAGCCACAGUGCUCUCAGGCAUGUGGUUUACUGUAAUGAUGCGUAGCAUCUGUCCCUAGAGCUGAUGGGAAAGUGCAAAUUGUUCUUUGUGAAAUCAUCAAGAUGUCAGAAAACUUCUGACCCCUCUGUUUGAUGACUGAGAAGGAGCAAGCUGUUUGGAAACAUUUUCCAAAUAAAAUACUACUACCUCCUCUGAGGAAAAAGAAAAGUAUAUAUUUCCAGAUACGUAAUUUGUCCCUGUACAUUUUCUGCAUUUCUUGUAAGUGCCUGAAUACAAUAUAAGCUUACUAAUUUUCAUUUUUAACCACCAGGUCUGAUUGUUUAUGUGAAGGGGAGCGAAACAGAAACAAAAUUGGUUGAGUUUCAGAGAUUUCUGCCCUGCUUUGGACGGGGGGGCUGCCUGUCACAGUGAGUAGAGCCUGGUGUGGGAUUGUCAAAACACAGGCUUUGCUUUAACACCAGCCUGGAAACAACUGGAAGUGACCUGCUAUACUUAGGUUCCCCCAUCGAUACAACAGACAUGGGGAAGGUUGCUUAGUUUUAUUGUGAAUUGCUGUGACCUCUGUUGUUGAAAAGUGCUUAUAUGAAGUGUCCUGUUAUUAUGUUACUCACAUUUUGUUACUGUUACCAUCUGUACUCCAGAAUAUUGGCUCUGAAGGAUUAUCCUAGAGUGUAAAUCUAAAUCUGUGACCGCAAUAAACCAUAAUCUCUGUUUGCUGAUGACAGUUGCAUUGACAGAAGUAACCUUGGUGCCUUCAGUACAUCUUGUAAAUUGGGAAUUGGAACACAGCUCUCCACUGAGCUUUUUAUGAUGGAGAAGAAGAAAAUUCUAAUGAAAUCCAAGGUUGCAGCUCCUAAUCUCCUGAGGGCACUGCAUUCUCUGUACCAGUUCGGUCACCUCUGUGACGUGACAGUUCACACGCAACAUCUAGGAAUUCAGGAGGAGUUUCUGGUUCACAAAGCUGUCUUGGCAGCUUCCAGCAACUAUUUUAAGGGGCUUUUCCUGCAUGAUGGGAUGCUGGACACCAAGAAUUGCACAGUGACUCUGCAAGACAUUUACACAGAAGAGUUCACCUCCUUUCUGGAAUUUGUCUAUACUGCAGAAGUAGAGAUUGAAGCGGGAAAACUGCAACGAAUGAAAGAAAUAGCAGAAAGGCUUGAGUGCAAGGACUUGCUUGACAUUUGUGAAGAAGUGAGAGCAGAGGGAAAGAAGGGUUUAGAUUUGAGCCUCCAUCUGAAAAGUCAGCUGUGUGAAAAUGGUGUGCCACAGUGGCCUUGCAUCCAGCAAGAGGAGAACCGCAAACUGAGUAGCUGUUCCCAAGUGGUGGCAGUACCUAUGCAGAGGAAACUCUGGGAGAGACAAAAGUGUAACAAGUUACUGGCUGGUUAUGAGCUCACUGAAGGCCAACCAGCAAAUUUGGAGCAAGAGGGCACUGCUUUUCCACAGCAAAAAUCUAGGACAAUAGAGCUACCUAAAUGUGACAGAACAGACAACAGAGGCAGAUUUGGCAUGGAUGUCAUUAGUCUGGAGCAGAGGAAUACUCAUUCUCCUGUGAGUCAGACUGUGUCAAAGGAAGCCUGUGUAGUAAUUAGGGAUAUGCUGUCCGAGCAGUGGGAAGACGGAAACAGUUUAAUUUCUGAUCUUAGCAGUAAAACCAAACGUAGGAGAUCACUGCGGCGUGUAGCAAAAGUCUUGCCAGAGAUUGCUUGUGAGAAGUGCAAUGAAUCAUUCCACGUUAUCAAGCAGUACCAGUUGCAUAUGGAGCUCAAGCAUGGAGUUAAUCUGUCUGUCAAGUACAGCUGCAACAUGUGCGAGCAGCUCUUCUCCAGUCACCAGAACCUGAGGCAACAUUGCCUCACUGUUCAUAGUGCUGAGCGGGGCUUCUCUUGUGUGUUUUGUGACAAGAAGUUUAAGCAUCAGAAAGACAGAAAUGACCAUAUCCAGAGGGUGCAUGAGAAGCAGAGGGAUCCACAGGCAUGCCCAUACUGUGACAAGGUCAUCAGCUCCAAGUGUGGCCUGACAGUCCACAUCCGAACACACACAGGAGAGAAACCUUAUAAAUGUGAGUGCUGCCCUGCCAGCUUUGCUCACAGGUCCGCUUACAAGACUCAUAUAAGAAAAAUCCAUGAAUCUGGGCAAGAGAGGAAACUUAUGCCUGUCUACUGGAUGGUAGUUCCACCUACACACAGACCAAAUGCAGCAAGCAAAGAUAGUGAUAGGGAGAUAUGGGAUGGGAUGUCAGAGGCUGAACUAGAAAAGAGUGCAAUGCACAAAGAGUCUGCAAGUUGUGAGGAAGAGCCUGCAAGGCCACCUGUUACACAGACAGACUGUAGUGAACUGCAAGAACAGAAGCAGAAAUGUACGGAAGCUCAAAGAGGAACGGAAACACUGAGUGAAGAAGGGAAUGAAGCUGAAGGUGAGAAGAGUGUGAAGGGAGAGGAGGAGGGAGUUCAUGAUGCAGAGUAUUCAGAUGUUGAAGAUUCUAGAGAUAAUGAUGAAGCCUGUACUGAGGAAGAUGAUGAGGAUGAUGAAUGCUCCAAUGAAAAAUGUGCUGAAGAAUGUGAAUCAGCUGAAGAAUUUAAAAUAAAGAAGGUAAAUAGAAGUGGGGUGAAUAAGAAAUCCGCGUAUGUAAUAAGAUGCAAUAAGUGUAAUGAGCAGUUUGUUUCCCGGAAAAAGUAUGUGGAUCACUGCAGGGAUAUCCAUCAGUGCUUGCCUGGUAAAGUCUAUCAGUGUGACAUCUGCAGCAAGUCAUUUGCUAGUUACAACAGCUGGAAGGAGCACCGAGCAUGCGUCCACACUGAUGAAAGGCAGUUUGCCUGCAGCCUUUGCAAUGCUACUUUUAAAAGAAAGAGGGAUGUGAGGACACAUUAUGUGCGGAAGCAUGAAGGCAGAGUCAAACGCCCUCUCUGCUCUGUCUGUGGGAAGAUCCUCAGCUCCCGAACAGCACUAGUGUUUCACAUGCGGACACAUACAGGAGAAAAACCUUAUGAAUGUGGCAUUUGUCAUUCAAAAUUUGCUCAGCCAUCACAGCUUAAGAUCCAUACCAGAUCCCAUACAGGGGAAAAACCAUAUGUUUGUGAGGACUGUGGUGCUUGCUUUGCUGAUAAAGGGAAACUCACUGGCCACAAAAGGACACACACGGAGACCCGUCCGUAUUUCUGUGAACAGUGUGGAAAAACAUUCACCCAGCAGGGCGCUCUCCGGCGCCAUCAGCGUAUUCAUACUGGGGAGAAGCCCUACAAGUGCAGAGCAUGUGAGAGAACUUUCACAGACAUGUCCACCCUGCGGAGACACGUGUCGAUUCACGACCGAAAUGCUCACUGGAGAAGCUUCCUAAUAGACCUAACAACCAAAAAAACCCACAACUGGUCCAAAAUAGAGACAUUCUCAGGAGCCUGUAUGGGCGAAGACUCCGUACCAGAAAUUUGGUCAGUUGACCGAGGUAAACUUUAUAAACCAGAAAGCGUCAUUCUUAAACAGAUACAGCAUGUGCCACCUGGCGUUAGCAACACAGAAGGCACCGACCGCUCCGUCCUCUGCCUGUAACGCCGUGUCACCAGGAGGCCGUGCAGGCGGGGAAGGCUUCACGAGGCGUACUGCGGGUAUUUAGGCCCGGGCAGGUUUUAGCUCUGUGUACAGCUUCAUUUUCUUACAAAGUUGUGACUGCAUCACACGGUAUCUCUUUAGGAAAGCGUACGCGGAUGUAUAUGUGCGCAGGUGCCGUGCUGUCACUGCACGUCACUGCGGGUUUUUUAAUAAAGAUGCGCUGUCCCCUCA